CACGACGACCCGUCACUCUCCGCUCGCCGAACGACCACCCUUUCGACGUUAUCCUGUCCGAACUCACGGCCAACUUCACCACCAAUUACCUGCAGUCCGGCCACCGAACAGCAAUCAAAAUGUCUGAGGGAGAAGUUGACGUCGCGGCCGUUUCCCAGUACGAGGUCCUCCCCAAGGAGGUCCUCGCUGAGGUUGGCAGUGUGAAGCUGUUCAACCGCUGGAGCUACGAGGAUGUCGAGAUCAGGGAUAUCUCUUUGACCGACUACAUCCAGAUCCGUUCUCCCGUCUACCUCCCCCACUCCGCUGGUCGCUAUGCCGUCAAGCGUUUCCGCAAGGCCAACUGCCCCAUCAUUGAGCGUCUCACCAACUCCCUCAUGAUGCACGGUCGCAACAACGGCAAGAAGCUCAUGGCUGUCCGCAUUGUCGCUCACGCCUUUGAGAUCAUCCACCUCAUGACCGACCAGAACCCCAUCCAGAUCGCCGUCGAUGCCAUCGUCAACUGCGGUCCCCGCGAAGACUCCACCCGUAUCGGUUCCGCCGGUACCGUCCGUCGCCAGGCCGUCGAUGUCUCUCCCCUUCGCCGUGUCAACCAGGCCAUCGCCCUCCUCACCACCGGUGCUCGCGAGGCUUCUUUCCGCAACGUCAAGUCCAUUGCCGAGUGCCUUGCUGAGGAGCUGAUCAACGCCGCCAAGGGCUCCUCCAACUCGUACGCCAUUAAGAAGAAGGAUGAGCUCGAGCGUGUUGCCAAGUCCAACCGUUAAAGCGGUUCUGGCUGGCUGCAGGUGUAUGGGGGAAACUUGUUGGGUGCUUGGAGUUGUUGGACGGAUUCUAUUCGGCAUGUUUUGCUCGGCUGCUACUACGGCUGCAUUUGUUGCGCGUUAAAAGGGAACUGGGUCUGGGAGGAUGCGGUUCUUCUACGGCACUUAGGUCAAAACAGGCAGGCACUCAAUAAGGGCUCUCAGACAUUGAAUGAGAGGAAAACGUGGAUUUGCGGACAAGAUUUUAAGUGCAUAUACCACGAGGCGCCGGUGAUUCGGUGAAAUUAUGAUUCCCCUUUUCUUUCCAUGCAUGACGUCCGUUUGACCGUGAGUGAACGAUCGAACACCAGUUCUAACCCC